AAAUGUAAAACCGUUAGUUGCAAUCGCGGCGCGGGCGACGAUGGACUUCGACAACAAAGUUAUCGUGAUCACCGGGGCGAGUUCCGGCAUCGGCGCAGCUGCCGCCCUAUUGUACGCCAAGCAGUCUGCCAAACUUGUGUUAGUUGGGAGAAAUGAAGAAUCUUUGAACAAAGUUGCAAAACAAUGUGAACAUACAAAAGGUAUUAAACCUCUGGUUAUCAAGGCGGAGUUGUCUAAUGACGAACAAGUGAAGAAUAUCGUAGCAAGCACAAUAGACACCUUUGGUCGCAUCGACGUUCUUGUAAACAAUGCCGGUGUUGGUGUCAAAGGAAGUAUUCUAGAAGGUGUGGAGCUACUUGACCGCGCUAUGGCAACUAAUGUGCGAGCAGUGUACCAUUUGACAAGUUUAGCGGCGCCACAUCUCAUCAAAACAAAGGGCAACAUAGUGAACGUAUCGAGCGUGGCGGCCUUACGACCGAUCAAGGACGUGGAUUACUUGCCGUACUGCGUAUCGAAAGCGGCUUUGGACCAUUUUACGAAGUGCGUUGCUGUGGAGUUGGGCCGUCACGGUGUUCGCGUCAACUCUGUCAAUCCCGGUGGCACAAAUACACCGUUCGCUGAAACAGCCGGAUUCACCAAAGAGCAGGUUGCAGAGUUAUACAAAAGCCGCAGCUUAUUGUACCCAUUAGGUAAAAUGGCGGAAAGCGAGGAGGUCGCUGACCUGAUUCUUUAUCUAUCGAGCGAUCGCGCGCGCAGUAUCACGGGCAGUAUUUACGUUAUAGAUAACGGCGAAAUAUUAGUGUGAUGUUAUUUCAUAAUGUGCAGCUAAAUAUGGUUGUUUAUUUUAACUUGCUUAAUUGGAAGAUUUAUGUGACUCUGUGAAAUAUUUCUUACAAAGAAGUAUUAAAGUGAAUGUAGUGCUUAAACCAAAUUAAAAUACUUACUAUACGAUAUUCAGAAAAUGUUUUAUUUGGAAAUAUAGAAAUGGCUUGUUGGUGACCCCACAUAAAGUAAAUAACGACCAUCUAAGGCUCAUACGACAAACUAUUUCCUGAUUUACUUUUACUUAGAAGGAAAAUAAACAAACUGGCCUCUGUAAGCAAGCCAUAUACUACAAAGAACAAGAACGUAGUACGUGUAAGAAAGGAUAUAGGGGCUAACAUAAACAGGUCAGUAAGUAAGUCCGUAAGCUCAGCUAAUAUAGUUCCUGUUUUCUUAGCCAUUAGUCUUAAUAUUGCAUGCAGUAAACAUGAAUGUAUGCGGAGCAAAGCAAAACUUAUGGUGGACGCAAAUGAGGACUUUGGAAUUGAUACACGGAGGAUGUGGGAACAUUAAACUGACGAAUGGCCUAAGUUAAAGGUUGUAGAAAUGGUCUUAUACCAACUGUGUACCACGAUAAAAUAUUAUUGUCGUAGGCGGUUAAAUAUAGGGGUAAUAUUGUUUUGUUAUCUGCGCCUAGUAUUGUUGCUAGUGUUUAUAUUGCCAUAAAAUUUUCCAAACAUUGUGUAGCGCUUUCUUGUACAUGUAUUUAUGGAACAAUAAUUUUGGUACAUUGUUCCGUUAUUAUUUUAGUCUUAGAAAUAAGAAGGUGUUAUUUGUUACCGUGUUUUGUUGCCAUCAUGUUUAUUAGUUCUAUUUACAAGGUUCUUUAGGCUGAAUGGUCCUGUUUGUUAAGAGCAAUUUCUUAGGCAAUGAAGAAUGAUACUUUGUAUUUUUUGCUUAUAUGUAUUUACUUUCCACGACAGCUUUUUCAUCUUGUUAAUGUACUUUUGAAUAUUAAUUGAAGAUAAAUCAAUCAGAAGGCAACUGAGUAGGUACUGUAGAGACUAGUACUUACUUAGUUAGAUACUCUUUGGUGUUUUAUAUUUGAUACCUGGCCGGACAAUAAUGUAAAUGAGUAGAUUCGAUUAGAAAUAGAAUAGUUUUUAUAUAUUGAAGUAUGUCACUUCACCCCCGAGUCAGCGAAUAAACGCAAAGUUAAAGUUAUUA